UUGUUUUGCCGCUACCAGUCACCAUCGCACGCGCCACCAACCACCAUCACCUCUAACUCUGCCAACAUCAAGUGAGAUGGCUUUGAGAGGUGCAUGGCAACUUCAAAAGCUGGUUCUGAGCUUUUCUGAUUUGGGAGGAAGUAGUAGGGGCAUCAGGGCAUUUAUGGAGUCACAUCUUCCAGCAUUUGGAGAGAAAAAUCCUCAGCUAGAUGUUGUUUCUCAGCUAAUUCACGGUCAGCAUCCACAUUUGAAAGGACUUUACCGGAACAAAAAUGAAAAGGUGAUAUGCGUGAAGAAUAUGGAUCCAGAAGACGUACUUCUACAUGCAACCAGGCUAAGAAAUUCUUUGGGAAGAAAGGUUGUGAAACUGAAGACAAGACAGGUUGCCAAACACCCUAGCGUUCAGGGUACAUGGACAACAGACUUGAAAUUUUGAGGUACAAGAAACAGCUCCAUGAGGAGCUUCCUUUGGUUUAUUAUUGUUCUGUUUAUCCAUAAUUACAGGCCUAGUGGAACCUU